AUGCCGACCCAACAAUACCCCCUCUCUCCACCCUCCCUAGACGAACUCGCCCAAGUCCUCAAACCCGCCCUCGAAUCCAACUACAAAACCUCCUCCAUCACCGUCUCCCCCUGUCCAGACCUCCGCCAACCCCCCUACCACCUCGCCACCUCAGGCCUCACAGGAAACGAAAGCAUAGCAGACAUCGGCGGCCAACCGAACCUCUUCCCCACACCGCGCCUCGACUGCAAAUGGUCCCUCCUCAACCUCGCCCGCGAAAUGCAAAUGUCCCCCACAGGCGGCCACCUCCUCGGCGCCGGCGCCGGACCCUUCCACAUCAUCGGCAUGAACUCAGAACUCGCCCCGAACCUCAGCUGGAGAGACUCCUUCGAUAACCUCGACAACCAGACCUACUACACCAAAUACGAAGACCCCCCGGGGGAACCCUCCUGCGAACCCUCCCCAACCCCCGACUGCGCCCUCAUGAUCAACCUCUACGGCAGCGCGGGGCUCCCGGGCCCCGUCCUCAAAAUCACCGCCAAAGGCCGCCGCGGCUCUCAGAAAUCCUUCACCGACCUCCUCCGCCACGCCCUGCACGCCCACUACGGCGACGCGCGCCCCAUCUCCCUCGGCGGCGUCUUCCUGCUCAAGUCCGGCAAGGCCAAAUUCCACGUCAUGCCCGACUUCCCCCCAGCCUCCCAGCUGCCCUUCAAAGACGCCAAACACCUCAACGACUGGCUCACCUACCACGACUUCCCCGGGCCCAUCGUGUGUCUGACGGUUUUCCACUCUGCGGAUCCGGAGAAGAAAAUGGGGUUGAGGAUGGAGCAUACGCAUUGUUUCGAGGCCGGGGGUGGGGGGAGUGGUGGGCAUUAUCAUUAUGAUUUGGAUGAGGGGGAGGAGGGGGGAGAGGAGGUUGAGUAUGAGGCGUAUUUGAAUGCGGCUAAGGUGAUUUAUCGGAUUGAUCGGCCGGAGGUGACGUUGGAGAGGGAUUUGCAUGAUUGA